GUUUUUUUUUUUUCGAGAAACACUCACUGACGGCAGUAAUAGCCAGUAGGGCGCUGGAAUAAAUACUCCAGCCGUUGCUGCGGCCAUUAGCCACGAGACGAAUUGAAGCCGCAAAAGGUUCGACGUGCUCCUAUCGUUGCGGAGGCGCGCCGCGGGGAUACGAAUGGAGUCCGGCGGCGCCGGCGAGCUUCUGUCCGGACCUGCUGGGUCGCCCGUCACAUCCAAACCCGGCGGUGGGCGUGGCGGUUGGCGUGCCGCCCUCUUCAUCAUCGGUAAUCAUGCAGAUUGCAAGUCUCCAAAUUUCCUAGUUCGUCCGCAGGUUUUCAUGCUUCACUGUCACCGUUGCUGUUGGCUGUUGCUAUGCUACCAUAUAUAUAUAUGCAGUGAUGGGGUUCUUUGAGCGUAUUGGGUUCGUCGGCGUGUCGGCCAACUUGAUCACGUACCUCACCGGGCCACUCGGCAUGUCCACGGCUGCCGCGGCCGCCGGCGUGAACGCGUGGUCCGGAACCGUGCAGGUGCUACCGCUCGUCGGCGCUCUCGUCGCUGAUUCGCGGCUUGGCCGGUAUCGAGCUAUCCUCGCCGCCUGCGUGCUCUAUCUUCUGAGCUUGGGAAUGCUAACAGCCUCAUCCAUGAUGCUAACCGCGAGCUCGCCGCCGUCGCCGUCUCCUGCCCGGCUCACCCUCUUCUAUGUCGCGCUCUACCUGCUGGCUCUGGCGCAAGGCUUUUUUGGGCCAUGCGGGGAAGCCUUCGGAGCAGACCAGUUCACGCCUAGCGACAUCGACGACCUCAGCGCGCCCACACUCCGGAGCUCAUACUUCAACUGGUUCCACUUCUCCAUGUCCUGGGGCUACGCCAUCGCGACGGCUGGGCUGAGCUACGUCCAGGACAACGCCGGCUGGACCUUGGGGUUCGGCGCGUGCUGGACCGCCAUGGUGCUAUGCCUUGUCGUCUUCUUACUUGGCACGCGAACGUACCGUGCCGCCAAGCAACCCAUCGAUGGCGUGCAGGCGUGGGUCGCGAGGGUCUUCCGUCGGAGUGGCACCACUCCAACUGAUGAAAGGCUGCUUCUAGCUCCACAACCUGAGGGUGAGGGCGGACUCAUAGCUAAGCUGCUCCCGAUAUGGUUGACGAGCUUAGUCUUCGCAGCCAUCUACUCGCAGACGUCCACUCUGUUCACCAAGCAAGCCAGCACAUUGGACAGGCACCUUGGCACGGAGACGGGUCUCGUCGUGCCGCCCGCGGCGCUCCAGUGCUUGAUCGACGUCACCUUCAUCGUCAUGAUCCCCUUAUACGACCGCGUCAUUGUGCCCUUGGCGAGGCGCCUCACAGGGCACGCCUCGGGCAUCACGAUGCUCCAGCGCAUCGGCGCCAGCAUGGCCACGUCCUGUGUCGCCAUGGCCGUCGCGGCGCUGGUGGAAGUCAGGCGGCUCCGCGUGGCCAGAGACGCGGGCCUGGUCGACCGGCCGGACGUGGCUCUGCCGAUGAGCCUGUGGUGGAUGAUUCCGCAGUACGUUCUCAUGGGCCUUGCCGCGGUGCUGGGUAUGGUUGGCCUCGAGGAGUUCUUCUACGACCAGAUGCCCGACGCUCUCCGCAGCGUCGGUCUCGCGCUGUGCCUGAGCAUCUUUGGGGUGGGAAGCUACGCCAGCAGCAUGCUUGUGUCCGUCAUCGACUGGGCGACGAGGGUCAAAGGGGAGAGCUGGUUCUCUGACAAUCUCAACCGAGCCCACCUCGACUACUUCUACUGGCUCCUGGCAGGGCUCGCGGCUCUGGAGGUAGCCGUCUUCUUGCAUUUUGCAAAUCGAUACGUCUACACAAAAAAAGCCGAGCUGUGAAUCUGCAAUUCUUGAAACUUUACAAGUAUAAAAAAUACUUCGCUUAUGUUAAAAGAACAUGAUGUUGGAUUUUAGUUGGGCCUGGCCCAAUUUUAUUUAAUUAGGACAAAAAAAUCCUAAGGCAUGGACAAAAUGCUGGUGAAAUAAAGUGUUUAGUCUCACACGGAA